AUGGCGGAAGGUGGGGGUGACGAUGGAGACGAUAAUCCAUUUUCUUUCAAGAACUUCGUUCAUAGCAAGGAUAAAAACUCGGCACCGGCGAGAAACAAUGAAAUGGAUAGAAGCACGGAAGAAAAUGAUAUUUUUGCGAGUAAUGAAGACAUUGUUUUGCCUGAAAACUCGCCUCUCGUAACAUCUUCUUCGCAGCCGACAGGGGCAUCUGCACUUCAAGCAGGAGAAGAGCAACCCAAACCAAAAAAGAAAUCUAGUGAUGGCAAUCCAUUCUCAUUCAAAAAAUUCCUUGCCCACUCUGGCUCUAAGACAAGAUGGCAAGCAGGACUUGCAAAUGACCUACCUGAUUUUGUCCAAGACCAUUACACAGGAGAUUUGACCCGUGACCUCCGAACCACUAGAGACCUUGACCUCCCGGACUUUACUCUCACACGGGGAGGUUCUCGAAACGAGACCAAUGACUUUCAUAAUUCCGAUAAUUUGGAUAAUAAUCCUGCCAGCCGAGACCGAUCCAGUGCAACAUUUCCUGAUGCCCGAACCUGGAAUGAGCCGACCAAUUGUCCCCUUGAUUCGGAUGAUAUCUUUUCACAUAAUGCUGAAGUUAAUGGUGUGGCACCACAGUUGGCUUCAAGUUUACCAGACUUUCUUUCUGAUGGAGCCUUUUCAAAUAGUGGUGACAUCAGUCGACAUCCUCCAAUUACAGUUCAGGUGAAUCCAGGUCGAGAAGUUGCUGCCUUGGAAAUUAAUGGUGACCUGGAGUUGGAAUUAAGGAGGUUAAGAGAUGAAAAUCGUGAAAUCCGUCGACAGUUAACUGAAGCCCAGCAUUUAGCUGCCACGCAAGCCAAUCGUGUCAAUCAGGUAUUAAAAGAAAUGGAAACCACACAGAAACGGGAAAAAGAUGAAACCGAAGCCUUAGAAAAGAUGGUCCAACAAGUGGAAGCUAAUUUACAAACCACAACUCAACGAGCCAUCAAAGCAGAAUCUUUGGUUUCCAAAUUAAAACAAGAAGUAAAAUUAUUGCAGAAACAAUUGCAAGUAAUCCAGAGUGAGAAUGAGGUGUUGCGAUCUGGGGAUGUCGGAAUGAUGCACCUCAGGCAACAGACAUUGUCUGCAUCUGAACAACUUUCUGUAGCUGCCACAUCUGCUGAGCAAUCAUUGAGGCAACUACUUGGCGGUGUUGACACUUUACGGAUCCUCUCAGCCGUCCUUGCCUCUACUGACAAGAUCACAGAAGAAGGCCGUGAUAACCAGAAAGGUGACACCUGA